AAAAAAAAUUAAAAUUUUGUAAACGUUUAAGAAAAAAAAAAAAGAUCCUGGAGAGGUGAGGCCAGUGGGGCUGCUGUGUGACCUCGGGCAGGGGCCUGCCCCUCUCUGGGCCUCUGGGGUCCAUCUGUGAAAUGAAUUGAGGAAGGCGCUGGCUUAGUAGUCCCUUCAGGGUUACCUCAUCCGCUUCCCCCCCGGACUUAACAGCCUACUCUCUCCCGUCCAGGGUCCCCUGAGACCUGGCACAAGGUCCCUGGCUUUCAACUGCAAAGCUAGGCAGCCUUCCAGGCUGAUCACUGUGCCUCCAGCCCCUUCGUUCCUGUUCUGACCCUCAUCACGGGCUGCGAGUGCCCGUGUUUGUUUAUAACCGCCCCCCCCCCACACCCACACCCCUCACCGAGGUGCUGGAGGCCUGGUGUCUCCUGAGCCAGGUGCAGAAGAAGACACUCGGGGCAGGGGAUGGGUUCAGCGGCAGCGCAUUCCGCUGCCACAAGAGGGCGCCAGCGUCCCACAGGCGGCGCAGAGGCCGCUCCGCCGGAGAAAACUCCGCGCGGCUUUUCUUUUUAAAUUAGCCCAGCUGCUCCGGGGGCUAAGGCAGAAGAAUCGCUGGGAACUGAAGCCCAGCGAGAGGUCACGCCGUCCCGAGGGCACCCCGCAGCCGUUGACCUGCGGGCGCCCAAGCGUCCCUUGCACUCGGCUCCGUGGAGGGGCGGGGGCUGAGGAUGCCUGGAGCAGGCACAAGGGCUUGGGGGAAGGUCGGGUUUGCCAGAGGCUGAAAACGGGAAAGAACGUCAGGUCGUAGGUGCCGCCCGGGCAGAUGCACCGAGGCGCGACUGAGUGACGGUGUGUCCGGAGCAGGGCGAUGACCCGGGAGCGAGGCUCUUGGAGGGGUCCAGCUGGGGCUGCACGAUGAUCCCUGCACAACCUUCUCAAGUCAGGACUGAUUUUUAUUUUCUCCCGGCUCUAGAGAGGGGGAAACUGAGGUUCCAAGAGGUUGUUAUUUGCCCAGGACCAGCAGCUGAGCCGGGCUUGAAUCAGCGGAGGGUGCGGCAGGCACCGGUGUGGACGGCGGUCGGUCCCACCCACCUCCUCCUCGUCCCCCUUUGCAUACCGGGGGAAACAGGCCGGGAACAGUCAUAGGCUCUCGGGCCCUCAACGGGGGCGAGGGCCCCCUGCCCCAAAUCCGGCCGGACAUGCCUCGAGUCACGUCUACCAGGGGCGGCUGGUGAGCGAUUAAGCCUAGAGACUGAAGGCUCUGCUGGGUGACCUCAGAUCUGGGCCCUGCCUCUGGACGUCAGUUUCCCCUCUCUGCUCCGGGAGUCCGCGAGAGACCACCUCUGGCCGCCUCAGGGCCUCAAUUUCCCCCCAGGGUCCGCGAGGGCAGGGGGCAGCCGGUGGUGAGCAGGGGCGUUUGUUAUUUUGCUCCACGCCUGGGCGGAGCCACGCCCCUUGUCGCGCUAUUGGUGGAGUCCCUCCUGGGGGCGGGGUGAGAGGCGGUGGCCCCGCCCCUCACCCUGCCGUAUAAAAGUGGCGCCGACGCAAGGCGCCUGGCUGUUCUAGUCCAGUUGACGAGCGCGCCUGCGCGUUGAGGGCGAGUUUGCGUUCUGAGGCUGCAGCGUCGGCUCCGUGAGCUGCCGGGUCGCGGGUUCGAGGCCAGGUUCCGCGUGUCUUGGGUUCGCAGCCCGGACGCGAUGCUAUUCGACAAGGUGAAAGCGUUCUCGGUGCAGUUGGACGGCGCGACCACGGGCGCCGAGCCCGUGUUCAGCGGCGGACAGACCGUGGCAGGCCGGGUGCUGCUGGAGCUGGCGAGCGCCAUGCGUGUGGGUGCCCUGAGGCUGCGCGCGCGGGGCCGCGCCCACGUGCACUGGACCGAGUCGCGCAGCGCGGGCUCGAGCACGGCUUACACGCAGAGCUACAGCGAGCGCGUGGAGGUCGUGAGCCACCGCGCCACGCUUCUGGCGCCAGACACCGGAGAGACCACGACCCUGCCUCCCGGGCGCCAUGAGUUCCUGUUCAGCUUCCAGCUGCCCCCGACCCUGGUGACAUCCUUCGAGGGCAAACACGGCAGUGUCCGUUACUGUAUCAAGGCCACCCUGCACCGGCCCUGGAUCCCAGCACGCAGGGCAAGGAAGGUGUUCACUGUCAUCGAGCCGGUAGACAUCAACACGCCCGCGCUGCUGGCACCUCAAGCGGGGGCUCAGGAAAAGGUCGCCCGAUCCUGGUACCGUAACCGCGGCCUCGUCUCGCUUUCAGCCAAGAUCGACCGCAAGGGCUACACGCCAGGAGAGGUCAUCCCCGUCUUUGCCGAGAUCGACAACAGCUCCACGUGUCCUGUGCUGCCUCGGGCGGCCGUGGUGCAGACGCAGACGUUCAUGGCCCGAGGCGCCCGAAAGCAGAAACAGGCGGUGGUGGCCAGCCUCGCGGGCGAGCCGGUGGGCCCGGGGCAGCGGGCGCUGUGGCAGGGCCGGGCGCUGCAGAUACCGCCGGUGGGUCCUUCCAUCCUGCACUGCCGCGUUCUCCACGUGGACUACGCGCUCAAGGUCUGCGUGGACAUCCCCGGCACAUCCAAGCUACUGCUGGAGCUGCCACUGGUGAUCGGCACCAUCCCCUUGCACCCCUUCGGCAGCCGCUCCUCCAGCGUGGGCAGCCACGCCAGCUUCCUGCUGGACUGGGGUCUGGGGGCCUUGCCGGAGCGGCCUGAGGCUCCUCCUGAGUACUCGGAGGUGGUAGCCGACACUGAGGCGGCAGCCUUGGGGCAGAGCCCCUUCCCGCUCCCGCAGGACCCCGACGUGAGCCUGGAAGGCCCGUUCUUCGCCUACUUCCAAGAGUUCCGCUACCGCCCGCCACCCCUGUACUCCGAGGAGGAUCCAAACCCACCCUCGGAGGCCAUGAGGCCGCGCUGCACGACUUGCUGAACGGCACGGGGACACCUCAAGGAACGAGGGUGCACACUUGCUUUCAGCCACCGUGACUGCAGGGAGCGGCUGGACCAAGCACUGACCUUCCCAACUACAUCAAAGUUGGGGAAACCAAGUCUCGGAGUGAGGCGGGGCCUUUCCGAUGUCACAGGGAACAGAGGAAGAGCCAGGCUGGAAUCUGACUUAUCUGGACCGCUGCCCUUGCAAGGCACUGACUUCCCAGGGCAACAUCCGAGACACUGUUUAAUAACCUGUCUUCCCAGCCUGUGGGCAGCGCUGGAGCCCUCCAGGAACCUUCAGUCUGGAAUAUGCAGAGCCACAGACAGUUCCAACGUCAUGGAACCAGAAGAAGAGACCUGCAGCUGGGAGAGUCCAGACAGGAAGCAGAGAAGUCUUCCUUCCAGAGGGGGGAUUUUUAGCUGAGGCUUUGAAGUAUGAAUAGGAGCUCAGCAGGCAGACGAAUGAGGAAGAAAAGUCAGAGAAGGACAGAGCUGAAUGACGUUUGGAAUCUACUCCAUUUAUUGUAAAAUUGGGGGUUCAGAGGGCAAGGGCCUCUGAGUUGAGGCCACACAGUGAGGUCCAGUGGGUGAAAGGACCCAGGAAUGAGGCGUUCAGGAAAGAAAGCAGGUUGUCACACUCUGUGGGGUCUGUGGGUGGCAGGGGCAGCCGCUCCAGCCUUUGAAGACUUUGAAAGCCAGAGAUCCCUGGCGCAGGCUUGGAUUUCCUGGGAGUUCUUCCAAGUACCCAGGGGCAUCAGAGCUGCCUGAGUGUUACAUGGCCUCGGGGAACCCGGGUUCAGGGUAGGACAGGCAAGACCAGACACCUAACAUGCAAAAUGAAAACACUGGGCUCGCAGCUGAACAGUGAAGGAUUCGAGACGAGCAGCAUCACGCCAUGCCUGGGGACAGAGGUCAGCCGAAGGGGACACACAGGGACUGCUGUGCUUCCAGAAGCUCCGUGUCCUGGAGAAAAGCACUAAAAGGGGCAGCUGGACAAGCCCCCAGCUGUGGAGUCGCCGCUCUGGCUGGGGCAGGGCCCGGCCUGGGACUCAGCAUUUCUGAUACGCCUUAAGAAAUCAUUGUUUUGUACGAUUAUUUUUUAAAAGUAAACGUGUGGAGAAAAACCACUUCUUUCUUGG